AUGUUUCUGGAGUCGACGUUCCAAGCAUUUGCUUAUAUGUAUGGAAUUUCUAGUGCUAAUGCAGAUGUAACAGCACCAUGGGGUGAAUAUUUAUUAGCAUCUUUGUAUUCUAUACUGUUAUGGUUUUUCUUCUUAAAUUUUCUCGUGAAUAUGCAACUGACAGAAUUCGAUUGUCGUAUUGCGCGUGAAAUCGCUGGAGGUCUUGUUGAUGAUCGCGUUCCUCCAGCACUAGAGCACUAG